CUGGCAUAGAUGCUGGCUAUACACCUGGGAUAGAUCCUCACUAUACACCUGGGAUAGAUCCUCACUAUACACCUGGGAUAGAUCCUGACUAUACACCUGGGAUAGAUCCUGACUAUUCACCUGGGAUAGAUCCUGACUAUUCACCUGGGAUAGAUCCUCGCUAUAUACCCGGGAUAGAUCCUGACUAUACACCUGGGAUAGAUCCUCGCUAUAUACCCGGGAUAGAUCCUGACUAUACACCUGGGAUAGAUCCUCGCUAUACACCUGGGAUAGAUCCUGACUAUACACGUGGGAUAGAUCCUGACUAUACACCUGGGAUAGAUCCUCGCUAUACACCUGGGAUAGAUCCUGACUAUACACCUGGGAUAGAUCCUGACUAUACACCUGGGAUAGAUCCUGGCUAUACACCUGGGAUAGAUCCUGGCUAUACACCUGGGAUAGAUCCUGACUAUACACCUGGGAUAGAUCCUGGCUAUACACCUGGGAUAGAUCCUGACUAUACACCUGGGAUAGAUCCUCGCUUUACACCUGUGAUAGAUCGUGACUAUUCACCUGGGAUAGAUCCUGACUAUACACCUGGGAUAGAUCCUCGCUAUAUACCCGGGAUAGAUCCUGACUAUACACCUGGGAUAGAUCCACGCUAUAUACCCAGGAUAGAUCCUGACUAUACACCUGGGAUAGAUCCUCGCUAUACACCUGGGAUAGAUCCUGACUAUACACCUGGGAUAGAUCCUCGCUAUACACCUGGGAUAGAUCCUGACUAUACACCUGGGAUAGAUCCUGACUAUACACCUGGGAUAGAUUCUGGCUGGAGGUGUGACCAUGUGUGUGGAAGUGUAGAACAGCAGAACCCACCUUGGACUUUCAUUAGAGGUCUUUCACUGGAG